AUGACCCCGGACAAAGAACUCAAGAACGCGCUGGACAUUGAUGUAGAAGGACAAACAGACUUCAGGCAAGAGAGGAACAGCACUGAUUUGACCGAUUUGGGGAGGAAUGAUGUAGACCUGGAGCACGGCGCUUCAUCCUGCGCUCUUGGAGAACAGAAAGUGGGGGAGUUUGCAGUCCGGUUACAGGACGGUCCAAGCAGCCGAACGGCCUCGGUGAAGCCCCCUUACUCCUACAUCGCUCUCAUCACCAUGGCUAUCCUACAGAGCCCCAAAAAGAGACUCACCCUGAGUGAGAUCUGUGAUUUUAUAAGCCAGCGCUUUGCGUAUUACCGAGAGAAGUUCCCCGCGUGGCAGAACUCCAUCCGCCACAACUUGUCUCUGAAUGACUGCUUUGUCAAAAUGCCCCGAGAGCCUGGGAAUCCUGGGAAAGGGAAUUACUGGACGCUGGACCCCAUGUCGGCUGAUAUGUUUGAAAACGGUAGUUUUCUCCGGAGGAGGAAACGCUUCAGGAGGCAGAGUUUUUCCGUGGGAGCUCUGAAGGACUCUGCGACGCAGGAGCGCAGCAUGAUGCCCUUGUUUCCUCUCCUCGGAGCGCACAGGAUGAGCUCUUGUCUCUAUGGUCCUGAUUUCUACCAAGAUAUUGAGAUAAGAAAUCGUUCAAGCCGCCACAGUCCCACCAGCCCGCCUGUAAGCAGCAUCAUCCCCGCGCUUUCCUCGCUCCUCACGAAAAACUUCCCCUCCUGUCUCACAUUUGAACAUUUGGUGCCGGGACGCUGCGCCACUAUUCCGCCUUUGACUCCAAACUCAUCGUUCAUGAGUUCCCCUGUCUCACUGCGCAGAAUGAUACCCAGCUACCCUCUUUCUCAUGUGUCCGGUUUCCCCACUGGGAUCAUAAAAGCCUCAUCUUAUUCACUCUGA